AGGUAUAGUAUGUCUACAAGGUUACAAUAACCCCAGUCAUCUGUAAUGUAGUGUGAUCAAUAACAGUAUCAAAACGAACAUGUGUUCUUUUUUUGACGUAUACAGCUGGUAUAGUAACAGUUUCAACUGUGUCCAAGUAUCAGGUAUCAAGAUUCAAGCGAACUAUCGCUCAUCAAUUUGUUCCGUGUUAUCUUAUCUUAGUUCUCAUCUAUAUCAUCAUCCUCGUGCUAACAUCAGCGACCAUUUUUAGUUUGGCCCCUUACUUAUACUAGUAUUUAAGCGUUUUCUAUAUCUAAGAAAGUAAUUGUGUCGUUAUUGUUAAAUGAACUAGAUUUUUCGGAUCUACCGUUUUAGAUCUACCGUUACACGCUCACAAAGGGUGGCGCGCAACAGAGUGUGUAAGGCGCGAAGACAAUUUGUCAUCUAAAGCAUGAGUUUUGAGCAGUGUGUGUGAUUUUGGCGAACUUUAAUUUGAAAAUUUUCGCCGGAAUUGUCAACAACAACAACUUUUAAAUGAUUUUCGUCGGAACUGUAACUCAAUGUGUUUGCAAUUAAAAGUUAAAUGUCAUAAUCUUUAAUCUUACCCAAGCGUUAGUAAAGACUGAUCCCAUACUGAUUUUUCUUUAGUUUCCCGCCAUUCGAUAAUCGAUUACCUAUAUUCAGUUUAAGCCGACUUUUAGACAAACAACGCUACCUAAUAUACUCUAUCUUUGUGUUUCUUAUGAUUCAGGGCCAUCGCAGCUGUAUUAGUCAUCUACUUGUGCUGUAAGCCCCCCAGCCCCCCGCCCCCCCCCCCGCCCACCGCUUCCUCCACCCCUGAUUGCCACACUAGGACAAGGUUCGCAGGUGUAAGUCUGCGAUAUUUAUCCGUUUUAAAAUAUGUUUCGAGAGUUCUCUAAUUAGCUGGUAAUACCAGCCUAGUAUAUGCAUGGUUUUGUAUUAGGAGAAGCUCGGCGAUUAUAUAUCAAAUUCCCAUUAUGGUAUUUUCUCGCAUGUUGCUCUCUCCUCCCCUUAAAAGCAAUUAUGCCGAGCACAUGUCUAAUAUUAAGGAAUAUUAGCUCCAGCUCUCCAGUACAGGGCCCCUAAUCGUGCCAUGUGACUUGCACGUGGACAAGUCUUUAAUAUGCCGUAAAGCAGGGGAACAUUGUCAUGCAGUCAGUUGUACUGUGCAUUACAGUUUCGUAUUUCUUACCCGGUGUCUGUACAUUUAGAGCAGAGUGUAGUGUAGUGUUGUAGUGAGUAAAGAAUGGCAACUUCUGACGAGGAUGUAGUUUGGACGUACUUGUACCCACAAAUCAGCUCAACUACGGGUUCAGCCGCAGAUAUUCCCAAGUUCCCUGAGUACCCACAAACCUAUCCCGACUACCAUCUUUACUACGAUCAGAUAGCGAUGUCACAAGCAGAUCCCACAGCGUCCACCUCCAUCCUUCACGCGGACACACCUUCAUGGUCAGAGAUAGACGGAAUCCUCUCCGACAAGUACAGAUCAGAAUCAGAUCCAGGUCCGGAACCUGCUCCAAUAGCUACACAAAGUACCCAGGAGACUGUCAUUCAGCAGCCUCUCACCUCUCAAACAUCUCCGAUGCUUGCUUACUACUCUCAGCCUCAAUUUAGAGAGAGGAGUUUUGAAGAUGGGACCCCAUUGAUAUCAUCUUUACCCUCUAGAAUCGCCAAUGUUGAAAUGUCGACACCUCCUCGACGUUCCUCGUCAUCUGAAGCCAGUUUUGGGUCAUCACAACGUGAGAGAAUCGCGAGGUUACGCCGAGAAUUGCUUGAUGAAGAAGAACGGGUCAUGGCCAAAUCUGAAAAACUUGCCCUUAGUAUGCGGGAUCAUGCUGAAAGUGCACUUGGAGAGCCUCAGCCAUCCGCAUCAGUUACUACAUUACAUUUGGAUUCGUCACAACAACUGUCUCACUCAAUUUUCGAUGAGCAGUCACGAGCUCGACUCAAGAUAGCUAAACCUCCCUCUAUUCCCUCGGACCCUGGUUUUGCUGUCAACUCUGUUUCUGUCGAUAUCACUCCGCUUACAGAAGAUCUGCUGAUGAACAGUCGUCUUGAAAAUGGACAAAGUGUUAGUGACGGCGGUCAAACAAUAUCGGAUGGACAAUUUCCAUAUGACGAUGACGACAUUAUUUUUACUCCUCUAUCGGACGAUGACUUUGCCAAUGCGUUUGCUACUCCUCCAAGAGUUCAGAGGAAGUUAGAUAAGAAGGUACAUAGACCAACUCCCAAACGUAGCAAAGUUCAGCUUCAAAGUCAUGGUAAGGUUAUUGGAACCACUGAGUUAGGUUCAUUCGAUGAGACAUCGAGCUUAUCAAUCAUAGAUAAAGAUAAUCUUCUAAGCCGAUUUAAGGAUUCAGUGAAACCACUCCGACGACAUGCUUGGAGUGACUCAGAAACUGAAAACUCGCUUUCAAAAUCACUCAAUAAACAUCAGUUUUCUGAAGUCAACUCGAAACAAGAGCAGCUACCCUCCCAUGCUGAAAGAGUACUACCGGAGUUACCCUCGGCCGAAGAUAGACCAAGAAGUGCAUUUGCAGUUCUUAGUCCCCACGAAGGCAAGUACCGACCCUUAACAGCACCGUCCUCUGAAAAAGUUCUCAAGUUUGAUGUUCCUUAUAGUACAAGAUUUUUGUCAGAACCUCAGAUAGUGGAACAAAAAACAUCUGAAACAUCUCUCGACACCAACGACUACCCCAAUCUUCACAGCAGCUUUGUUUCACUUCAAAACACCAUCAUGUCCGAUAUUGCGGCUCUCAGAAGAGAGAUUGUGGAUAAGCAAGAGGGAACUGAGAAACUGAGAUCGGAGUUUUCUGACUUUAAACAUGCGUACUACAGGUCUGUCGUUGAAGGCCAAGUAAAGACAAAACAGCUCCAAGAUGCCAAAAUUCAAACUUCUCAAAUCACUACCGAAAACAAAGAAAAUGCAGUCCAUCCUCCGAGAGUAGCAAUAGAACACAAGGAUACCUCUUACAGUGAGUGUGACUCAGAAACAGACAGACAGCUUGCCACGCUGAAAGCUUUACAGCGCUCACUGCGUGAGCAAAGCAACGAGCGGUACCUGAGAGAUCUCGAGGAGAGAAUAGACGCUAAAGCUGCUAAGACUGCUGCUACUUUGUCUGCCCCUCCCAGCGUGGACAAGGUAGACAGGAUGCAACAAUCAUCUCCCGCUCAUCUUAGUAAUAGGGCUAUUCAAACUGCUCCAAUCAAAGUCAAGACGACUGCUGACGCUAAUUGCAACACAAGUGAUGUAGAAGCUUCUAGACCCAAGAUUAGAGGUGGUAGGAACAGUUCCAAAGCAGCAAGCUCUGAGCAUGUGCGGGCCAAGUCUAAUUCUGAGGUGGAUAGCAGACCAAAAUCCCCAUAUCAGGUUAAAUCGAAGGUGGAACUUCCUGCACCAUCACCAAAACCAGCCACACAGCAGGUUGAGAGUGGAGAUAGUUCUCUAGACUCCACUGAGGUGGCCACACGAGACCUUUUUAUGGAGAUACUUCGCAAAAAAGCUGAGAUGGACGAAAAUGAACAGGAGCGAAAGAGCAGGCAAGAGGAGAAUCACAUUUCCACAAAAGACAAACAGACAUCUGCAAACGAUCUUCCUAGUUCCACUCCUAAACCAGGUCUCAAAGCUGGAAAAUCAACCUUCACCUCAGCCAGUAUGGUAUCUGGGGACUCCACCCUUACCGAAGGAACUGUUGUAGUCGAGGAGGACGUAGAAGCUCUUAAUGCUCUUUGGAGUGAGUUCAUGAAGUUUGUGGUACAGUCUAGAGCUUUGAAACAACACAAGAGCAGAUCCGCAUCAAGGAGGGAGCCUUGCAUUCAAGUUGAUGUUAAAAAGCUUGAAAAAAUGCACAAAUCGUUCAACCAGGAGACUUAUAGAAAAGGUGUAAAUAACCAGGCAGCAAAGAAAAAGAAUAGACCCUCUGGGAAAGUCAAGGGUAGAAAAGCAGUCGAGAAAAAGGCUCCUGAAGUAUUUGAACUGAGUGCCGGAGAACUGAAACAUCCAAGGAAAGCAAACCUGGACGAAACUUGUACUAAUCGAUCAAUGGAUUCACGGCAAAACCGAAUUGACCGACUAAUCAGAGAGAUUGAGGAGGAGCGAAGAAAGCGUGUCGAAGAAAGGGAGGAAAAGAUAAAAGAGAAAGAAGAGCUGAUACCUAUCGAGUUGGACAGUUUCCCAGUUCGAGAUCACGAGGAGAUAAAGAUGCCUUCCCCAGCUCCAACUUCACCUGCUGCUCCCGUUAAACAGAGAGUCAAAUCUCCAGUAGCUUUUGAGAUAAGUCUGGACCAGGAAUCUGUAACCAGUGAAGAUGUGGAUAGAGCUCCGGGCUACCCAAACAUGGUGUUUAAAACCGGCAAACUCCAAGAUGCAUUCCAUGCUUACAAACAGCGCUUUAUUAAGCAAUCCCGGAGACGGGCCCUGUCUAUACAGCUCUGUAAAGAAGCUAGAGAGAAAUAUGCAACCUCUACACCCCCGGUGAGACCGAGACCUACUAUUGACGCCAGAUACUUCGCUUCUUUUGAUAUUCCACCACCUGCACCAAAAAAUAGAAUAAUCUCUCACAAAGUUAUGACAAGAAACUCAAAAAAGUUAUACAAUCGGCUAGAAGAGGUACAAAAGAAAAAGAAGGACACUAAAGUACAGCGAGAACGGGAAACUUAUAGAUUGAGGGCCCAACUUUUCAAUAAGAGAGUGCAGGAUACCGUGCUGAACAAGAAGUACAUAAGCUCUGUCCGGGCAUACUGAGCCACGCGCACGACAUUGUUUUCUGGUAAUUCAGAAGGAAAAUGUGAGCCAAAUUAUUUAUUGUCACAGGCGAGAGAUUACGGGAAAAUAAUUUAUGAUUUAUUCAGAUUAGACAUUUGACCAAAGAUUUUAAAGCAGUUCACCCGCAAUGUGCCAAUUUCGUUUUGAGAAAUGGAUGAUGUUUACUCACUAUUUAUAAUUAAUAAUUAUAAAUCAAUUCGCUUUUUAUCGACAGCAUCGUAUUGUUUAGUUAGGAUUUUGUAAAGAAACUAGCUAAAGUGUUCUACAUGUUAUGCAGUUAAAGCUGUAGUGUUAGAUAGACGUAGCGCUAGUUAAGAUUGAAGAUCUGUUUAUUAAACUAGAGCUAGUUGACAACAUGACUCUCCUAUUAACCAAUUAACUAAUUAAGUAAUUAAGAUUAUACACCAUGACCAGUCUUAACAAAUAUUUACACACAGUUAUAUGUCGCAUGAUGUUCAGCUACUAUCAGAUACUUAUUCAUGAGAAUAUGAAGUGAUUUUGUAAAUAUAUUAUCACAUGUAUUACGAACUGUUCGAUCAAGUUUUUUGUUUUAUUUUGAUGGG